AUACGGGGGAUCUUUGUCCUUGUAUGCGUAUGUGUGCGUGCGUGCGAGUGAGUGAGUGCGAGCCUACCUACCUAUGUGUGCCUCGCUACAUCAUCAGCACGUCCCGCCUCCUUUUCAUGGAGGAGGCUCGGAAUACGCGGCGAUGAUGGUGUGAACAGACGUGACUCCGUGCCAUCACCUCUACCACCACCGCCACCAUCAUCAUCACCGCCACCAUCAUCACCACCAUCAUCGCAGCAGAAAAAAAUAAAACUCAAUUGCAACGACUCAUCGGCUAGCAAGCAAACGUUGCGCGCGUGUGCGCGCAUCUCACGUCGGGAGUGCGAGAGGGGGGAGGGAGGGAGAGGGGGAGAAGAGCGAGCGAGAAGGGGGAGCGCGAGGAAUACGCGAGAAUGAUGGCGCAGAUAUCAGGGGCUCCCGUUGCUGGCGCGGUGUGGCGCACAGGACGCCCGUGAAAGCCAGGCCGAGGCAAGCGAGCCGAGCCAGCGAGGGGAGCCAGCGAGAGGAGCCCAGCCCUACGAAUGCCUCUCUGCGCGCUAUUGCCCACGGAAGCCGCCGACGCCGCUGUUGUGAUGUCUGCCGCUUCGCGAGCCCAGUCGGCGGGACGCGCCGAGGCAGAGGCGCCAGAGUCAGGCCGGCGAAUUCCAUCUGCGGCAGCGGCGGCGGCGGCGGGGGCGCAACUGAAGCGCGGCGGGGAUUCCUCCCGCAUCGGAGACUGAAUUGAGCAAGCAAACGUGCACGCGUACAUACACACACGCACACACGCGUACGUAAAAACACACACGCGCGCGUUACACAGACGUACGUAAACACACGUCUACACGCAUAUAUCCCACACACGCUCUCAAACAAACACGCGCACACACAAAACAAGCAAGCGAGGAGCCCGGGGCUCGCAUCUCAACCCACGGACCGAGGACAUCCAAAGCACAACGGGCUCGACUCCCUCUGCUGCGUACACGCGCCGCUCCCUCCGGGCUGGAAGGGUUAACUCGGGGUGAGAUAGGGGAGGCAGGCCAGCCGGCCGGCCAGGCAAUUGAGGUGGACCUGGUGGCGAGGUUGGACUCCAAAGGUUUGUUGACCAUCUCCGUCUGCAGGCGGCUAGCUUGCACGGUGCGUGUCUGUGAGCGAGCGUGCGCGCGUGCGGUUCGUGAGUGAAUCUCCGUCGCCGCUGCCGAUAUGGGCAAGGAUCAGGAGCUCGUACAAGCCGUGAAGAACGAAGACAUCGCCACCGUCCAGCGCCUUCUGAACCGGAGCAAGGCCGGGCGAGCGAAGCUCCUGGGCACAACCAAGAAACCGAACGUCAACUUCCAAGACACAGACGGGUUCUCCGCGCUCCACCAUGCGGCUCUCAUGGGAAACUCGGAGCUCAUCUCCCUGCUGCUCGAUGCCCAGGCAGCUGUGGACCUGCGUGACAACAAAGGAAUGCGGGCGCUGCACCUGGCGGCGUGGCAGGGCAAGGCGGAGCCGUCGCUGCUGCUGCUGCGUGCCGGAGCCUCCGUCAAUGCCCAGUCCGAGGAGGGGGAGAUCCCCCUGCAUCUGUCAGCCCAGCACGGCCACCACCAAGUGUCAGAGAUGCUGCUGCAGCACCAGUCCAACGCGUGCAUCGUCAACAGCGCCAACAAAACCCCGCUCGACAUGGCCUGCGAAUUCGGCCGCGUCAAGGUGGCCCAGCUGCUGCUGAGCAGCAACAUGUGCAGCGCCCUGCUGGAGGGGAAAUCGUCCGACAUCACGGAGCCCAACAGCACGACUCCCCUUCAUCUGGCCGCCAAGAACGGACACAAGGACAUCAUCAGGCUGCUCCUCAACGCCGGCAUCGACAUCAACCGGCAGACGCGGUCGGGCACGGCGCUGCACGAGGCGUCGCUCUACGGCAAGACAGAGGUGGUGCGCCUGCUCAUCGACGCCGGCGUGAACGUGCACAUCCGGAACACCUACAACCAGACGGCGCUGGACAUCGUGAACCAGUUCACGGGAUCGCAGGCCAGCAAGGAGAUAAAACACAUGCUGCGCGAGGCCUCUGCAGUUCUGCAGGUGCGGGCGGUGAAGGACUUCAGCAAUGUAUACGACCCCGAGAGCCUCACGGUCAAAGCCGGGGACACCAUCACGGUGGUCGGGCAGCACCUGGACGGGCGCUGGAAGGGGGUGGUGCAGGAAGCUCGGGGCUCCGAUCGAGUCGGUUUCUUCCCUCCGACCAUCGCCGAGGUCAUCAACCGUCGCACAGCGCACGUGAGUCCCAUGAAGUGCCGUCAUCCUCCACAGCCCGUCGCCGUGGGCGCCGGUAACCACGGCAACCCCAAAUCUCCCAGCAUUCCCUGCUGCGUAGCCAACGGCAACACAGCCGUGCGGCCAGGCUCCCCAUCCAUCCAGCGGGUGGCGGAUGGGGGCGGCUCCGCACAGCCAUCCCCCUCCUCCAGUGAGGACAUCUGGGUUCUGCGGAGGCCCCUGUCAGGGGACAGACGCAGCAGCGGCAGCACGGGAAGCGCCGUGAGCGUGCGCAGCUCCGGGAGCGGGCAGAGCAUGGGCAGUGCCAACGGGCCCCCACCACCGCUCUCGGGCCCCGCCGAGGGCAGCAAGUGUGCUUGGAUUGCUGAAGGCUGCCUGCUGGGUGUGUCGCAGCCCUCUCCGCUGCUGAGCCCGGCCGUGAACGAGCACGGAGAGCCGUCAUCAGGCAGAGCCCACGGUGCAGGAGGUGUCCCUGUGUGUGAGCAGCCUCAGGGAGACCUCACCAAGAGACCCCAUCACGUCUUGGAAGGAAAGGACGCAGAGGCGAUCUUCCAGUGGCUCAGCGACUUCCAGCUGCAGCAGUAUGCGUCCAACUUCAUCAGCGCCGGCUACGACGUGCCCACCAUCAGCCGCAUGACCCCGGAGGACCUCACCGCUAUCGGAGUCACCAAGCCCGGCCAUCGGAAGAAAAUCUCCGUCGAGAUCGGCAAGCUGAGCAUCCCGGAGUGGCUGCCAGACUACAAGCCGGCGGAGCUGGGAGAGUGGCUCUCCAUGAUCGGGCUGUCUCAGUAUCAACGACUGCUGGUGGAGAGCGGCUAUGACAGCGUGGAGUUCAUUACGGACAUUACUUGGGAGGACCUGCAGGAGAUCGGUAUCACUAAGCUAGGCCACCAGAAGAAGCUGAUGUUGGCCGUGCGCAAGCUGCUGGAGUUGCAGCGAGCCGAGCGAGCCGCGUCGGGCGACGCCAACUCCCCCGAGCGCCGCCCUCCGCGCAGGGUCCGCCUCGCCUCCGCGAGCCAGGACAGCGGCGAGAGCCAGGACGGGCGGUCGGGCCGCGCGGGCGGCGCCCGAAGGGCGAGCAGCCCCCGCGUGGGCCGCUCCGGCACGGAGGGCGCCCUCCCCGAGGAUCCUCCGUCGUCUCCGUCGUCUUCGUCGGCGACGCUCCCCGGCGGAAAGUCGACGGGCAUGCAGGGCAAGCCGCGGAGCUGCGGCGGAGGCGGCGGAGGCGGCGGAGGCGGCGCGUCGCCGUACAAGGCCUUCACGCCGCCGCAGACACCCACCCGCUCCCGCCCGGCCUCGCCGCUCGUGCGGGCGGCCACGGGCGGCGCGCAGCUCGGCCUCUGCUCCCCCGAGCGGCCGCAGACCCCGCCGCCGGCGUCGGGGGCCGCCGCGCCGCGCCUGCAGUCGCAGCGCUCGCUGCCGCAGUCGCCCACGCGCAAGGGCUUCGCGUACGUCCCCGCGCAGCACCUGGAGGGCGGCGUGGCGCUCGUGGCCACGGGGAGGCUCGCCCAGCCCCAGCCGCAGCCGCCGCCGCCGCCGCCGCUGCCGCCGCCGCCCGGCGCCCAGGCGCUGCCCCUGCUGCGGCUGCCGGCGCAGGGCGCCGAGGAGGAGCUGGGCGGCGCCGAGGGCGGGUGGCGGGCGGGCGUGGCGGAGCCGUCCGACCAGCUGCUCGGCGAGCAGCAGGCGCACUGCCUGGACCUGGCGACGGCCGCGCUGCACCAGCAGCAGCAGCGGGUGAGCCGCAGCCAGUCGGCGCGGGCGGGACAGUGCGGCGGCGGCGGCGGCGGCGGCGUCGGUAUCGGCGUCGGCGGCGUCGGGGGAGGCACGGUUGACCGCAACGUGAACCGGAGUCAGUCGUUCGCCGUGCGGCCCAAGAAGAAGGGGCCGCCGCCGCCGCCGCCCAAGCGCUACAGCUCGGCCAUCACGAGCACGCAGUUCGGCGACGCGUUCGAUCGCGACCGGGCCGCGGAGGCCGUCGCGAUGAUCGCGCCGCGUGGGGAGGCCGACGGCCCGGCGGCAGCAGCGGCCGAUGCGAGCGAGGACAGCGGCAUCGAGACGGCGAGCGCCGGCAGCGUGCGCAGCAUCGCCGCCAAGCUGGAGAUGACGUCGCUGGGCGGGCGCGGCCGGGGGUUGAGGCCGGGGCUCCUGCAGAAGCCGCUCAGGGUGGACAAGCCAUCCCCGGCGGCGGCGGCGGCGUCGGCCAUGCCGCCCGUUGCCAUCGCUCGGCCGCUCGUGGCACGGGAUGGCGGCUCGGACGCGGAGCAGCAGCAGCAGCAGCAGCAGCAACGGCACAGGGCCAAGGCGGUCAGCGUGCGCAGGGAGAGGUCGGGCGACCGGCCUCCGCCGUACGAGACGGCGACGCUGCCUCGCGUCAGCCGGCUCUCGUCGCGCUCGAGUGUGGACAGCGAGGAUACGCUGAGCCUGAUGCACGCUAUCAAGCCGCUGCCCACCGCCAGCCUGAGCAUCGACGAGCCCAACAACCACGUCGUCGCCGCCGCCGGCGUCGUCGGCACCGCCGCUGCGACCGUCGCGCCAUCACCUUCCGACGGUGGUGGCAGCCGAAAGCGCACGCUCAGCGACUCCAGGUCGCACUCGCUCAAGGAAACAUCACCAAUUAAAGAAGCAUUGCAGCAGCAGCAGCACAAGGACGAGGCUAAGUCGGACACGGAGGAGGAGGAGACGGCGGUGGCGGCAUCGCUGGGCGGCCCCGCGGCACUCGCCGAGCGAUCGCCCGCCUCGUCGCAGAACAGCUCCUCUGAGUGCAUCCCCUUCGCCGAGGAGGGGAACCUCACCAUCAAGCAGCGGCCCAAGCCCAAGCCCAGCGAGGACGACGACGACGACGCCGCCGCCGCUGCCGCAGCCGCCGGCGACGGGGACGGGGACGGGUCCGCCGCGUUCGCCGAGACGGAGCGCGGUGCGCCACCGCCCGCCGUGGGGGGACAGGCGGAGGAGCUCGCCGCGGGCUCUCCCGACUCGGAGUCGGAGUGUGCGGGCCUGCCGGAGUUCUAUCUCAUCGAGUCGGACACGGUCAAACGCAGGCCCAAGUCCAAGGACCAGAGGGAGCAGCCUCAGCAGCAGCAGCAGCAGCUGCUGCGGGCGAGGAAAUCCUCCAGCGGGGGAGGCGAGGUCGUGGAGCGAGCGCUGGCGGACUGCGCCGUCGAUCGCUCGGCGAUGAGCGGCGGGAAGCCGGCGCGGCAGCGGCCGUACACGAUCGCCGAGGCCGGCGCCGGGGCAGAGGCCGCGACGACGACGACGCCGCCGCCGCCGCACAUGAGCGGCGCGCGCACCGACUCGGCGCUGGCUAGUCACGCGGCGGCGGCCGCCGGGUCGCCCGUGGCCCGCGCCGCCGACCUGCUGGGGGCAGCCGGCGCGGAGGCCGGGAGGCACGGCGCGGAGGCCGGGGGAGGGCGGCCGCCCAAGCCGCCGCUGUCGCCGAAACCGGCGUUGGCGUCGCACGCGCUCAAGAGGCUGGGGCCGCCGGCGCCGCCCAAAAAGACGUUGCUCCUCGCCAGCCCAGAGUUUCGGAGAAAAGGUGUACCACCUCCAGUGGCCCCCAAACCUCCGCUAGCCUUGAGAGCGGGAGUGACUGGCUGGUCUGCUGGCACCCACCAAUCAGUACCAGCGGGACAGCAGCAGCAACCACAGCAACAGCAGCAGCAGCAACCACAGCAGCAGCAGAAACAACAACAACAACAGCAGGAGCAGCAACAGCCGUCAUCCGCGAGUGGUGGCACCGGCGCCUCUCCGUCGCCCAACAAACCCCCGCUGAGCUCGUCCAGCAGCCCCCCGUCGGCGGCGUCCAGCCCGGCUCGAGCGGGACAGGCGGUCCCGUCCGCGGCGGCUCCGCGCAGCCCGCCCGCCGCCGCCGAGACGCCGCCGCCGCGGGCGCCGGCAAAACCGGCGAGGGAAGGGGAAGCGGCGGCGGCCGACGCCAAGGCCGGGAGAGCCGCGGAGGUCGGCGCCGAGCCGGGGAAGAGCGGCGCGCGGGCGACCGCCGAUGACGGGGCGAGGGCGAGGAUGGGGAGCGGUGGCGAUGGAGCCGCCGCCGCCGCCGCCGCCGUCACUGCCACCGCACCGUCGGAAAACCCACGGGACGCCGCCGCCGUCGCCACCAAGUUGGCCCCCGGGGAAUUGGCGCAGCAGCCAUCGGCCAGGGAAGGCACAGGUGAAGCCAACCAUUCCGGCAAGACUCCAAGCAGACCCGAGCUGUCUCGGGACGCCCCUUCCCUAGAGGAGCGCAUUGAACAGCUGCAGAGACCAGAUGUCGCCUCGGGAGAGCACAAAUCUACGGGCAGCAUUCUGGACGACAUCGGGACCAUGUUUGACGAUCUUGCCGACGAGCUGGACGCCAUGCUGGAGUAACGGAGCCGGUUGGGUGCCUCCCUGUGCCACGCAGCAAAUGGCCCCGCGAAGGAAGUUCCACCACCACCACAUUCCACCUGCCCCUCACCACCGCCACACCCCACCGCACCCCGUCCGGCCCCACCUCCCCUUCCCUCCAACCCUGACCUCACCCCUAACCUCACCACUGACCUGACCCCUGACCUCACCCAAGACCUCACCCCUGACCUCACUCCUGCACCACAGUUGCCCCCAAAUCUGCCCCCUGGAGCUUUCGCUGUGAGCGUGAAUGAAUUUGCUCCUCUCGCCCCCUAUCAUUUUAUCCAGUUCUUCCUUUCGGACUCGCUGCGUCGUUUUGCUGGACGUUCUCUCUGAAGCCCCUUGUCUCCGCUCGUUCUCCGGUCGACUCUCGCCGUUCACGUCCCGUCACCGUGAAGCCCAUAGAGGCAGAGGGCCGCUCGUGAAACGAGGUGCAACGAAAGAGGGAAGAGACACGGACGGGCCUGAAGUUUGGGGGGGGGGAGCGGGCGGGGGGGGGGGGGGCUUCUUGUGCGCCCUCACGAAGCGAACGAGCGCCGUCAAAAUUCGGGCCUUGUAUUGCCGCUUGCGCCUCGUUCCUGCUGGCACCAAACCUCUCCCACGACCCCUGGCGAGGCCUCCCGAGGAGCAGCGUCGUGGAGGAAUUGACCAGAACAGUCUUUUUCACUGGCACGUCACUUCAUUGUCUCACUCCUAACGCCACUGUCAAGGUCAUCAUCGCUCUUAGGAGCUGCAUGCCGUGAUGCCACCUCAGAGUUGAGGACGAGGUCUUCCACGCCUGGCCUUGCUCUUCUCAACCGCGCUGCUUCCUACUGCCUCGCUGCAGAACAGAAUCUUUCCUCAUUCUCCUCCUCAUCUCCCCGCACGGCUUUACUUUGGAACUGCCGUCCUUCUGCCUUUCCGACCCCAAUUAAGGCCAUCAGCCCUCGGCCCAGCAGUCUCGCUCGAGUUCUCACCGUUGCUAGCCACAUCGCAUUGAAAGCUUCAGGGACUCUACUUAUCAACUGCAUUUUGGAAGCACAGGAGAACUUCACUGGGGACGAUGGCUCAACGGUUGCCGGUCGGUGAAGAUGGGAGGGCUCCACAGAGUUACGUUCACGAGCUUCGGACCUUCUUAAAUGGCUCGUGGGAGUUGCGCCUGGGGAAGGAACAAGCGUGGGGCAGUGCGGGGAGUUUGUGUGUGUGACACCGGGUGGCACCGGGGAGUGGGGCGAGAGAAGAAAGCAAGUGGAGGGGCCUUGGAGGGGGAAGUAUUUUGCGUGCUGGAAGUCUUCGGUUAGUGCAGCGCAAGGGAAAGAAAAAACACAAACGCAAACCCAGCGGAGGCGAUGACCAUUAUUGGGUUCUUCACGCCAAGUCUUCAAAAGCAUUCGCACGUGACUAUGAACGACCACCCCCCCCAAGCUUCAGCUAUGAUGUGCCCCAAACUAAACCGCCACAGGCUUUGCAUUGGGAACUUACCAUGGGUGGUGGGUGGUGGUGAGAGGUUUCAAGCUGCGGCAUCAGAAAACUCACCUCGUUUGACGCCGCAGCAACAACAUCAUCGUCAACGAAUCACGGGCGGGGGGGGGGGGUGACAUUAAGAGAACCAUGGAGCAGAUGCUGAGGAUUCAAACUGACUUGUAAAUGAAAAUAUCCUAGCAGCGACAGCAGAAAAUUAAAGAAAUAGAAGGUGGGAAGACAAAUUGAAUAAUUCCCAGGCACCGGCCCUGUGUUGUAUCUUUUGCUCUGCCGUGUGGAGGUGAUGUCUGUGUUGUUUCUCGACGGGGUUUUCCGCUUUAGUCCGAGUGCCACCGUGCGAGGCUGCUGCUGCUGCUGCUGCCGCGUGUUUAGGGUUUAGCGUUCGUGUCGCCUGUUUGAGCGCAGAGCUCCACGGACAAUCAGCCAAUCAACGUUUGCACUUACGUGGCUUCUUUCGUUUUUAUAUUGUGUUUGCCAUCAUUUGCGAUUUGAUAUUCGGUGUUGCAUUCUAUUAUUAUUAUUUGUUGAUAUUUUAUGAGCAGACGACUGUAAGACAGAAUGAAAUACAGUCUUUAACUUUUUUUGUUUCGGAUGUAAAUUGUGCCUUUAUUUUCCAUCAUUUUCAUUUGUAUAAUAUGACUUUAAUGGGGUUUUUUUUCUCCAGCCGUACAAUGACUGAAGUGGUUUUCCUGUCAAGUGUUCAUAAAAGCUGUCAGUAAUGCCCCACCUUUUUUUUGGGGGGGGGGGGGGAUCAUCUUGUGAAAGCAGCACGACCUAAUGAAGUCACUGUUUUUACUGAAGCACACAUUGCACACACUCGGGUUGAUGGACCACAACUGCAAGCCGCAAAUGCUUACACAUCUGGUGAGCAAAUAACUGAGACAGCAGCACAAGUGACAGAUGGACCCAACGCAUUUGAGGCGUCGGUGGCAACUUGGCUGCCGUUACGCAGUGGCAUUAAUCCCGGGUGGGUCCGGUGGGAGAGGAUCAGGUGGGAGAGGAUCAGGUGGGAGAGUGACGGCUUUAAUCCAGAUGUUUGGACACUCACAGACCACAACCGCUUGAGGUUGUCUGCCGACUGUGCAUCCUCUGGGGGGGGGGGGGGGCUGGCAGGAGGCAGGAAGCAAGCCCGAGGCACAACAUUUGUCACGAUCAUUCCGACUUUAAAUUCAACUUGUUCUGCCGUGAAGUGACCGGAUCAGAGCGAUACCUUUGUUAGUGGCAACUAACGAAAAGGGCCUGUCCAUUUCUUGUAGGCAUGUUACAAGUAAUCGCUUCACCCUCGGAUGAAUUAUCAAACGCAAAAACCCCCCUUAACAAAAAUUAAUUUUGGUUUAUUGUGAGUCUGUGAGUAAAAUAAAAGCCCCCGAAUGUGUUGAAGAAAUGUCAUUAUACUUUCAUAGCAUUCGUAUUAAAGCAUAGCAGUCCACUAGAGUGGACAUUAAGCAUCAGAGGGUUAAUAUGAGUUAUUACAAUCACAAUACAUGCUUGUAAGAAAGAAUAAUUAUACAGCCCUUGGUCUAUCCUCUGCUGGACGAAGGCAUCUCCACACCGCCGCAUCGCCCACGGGAGUUGUUGGACCAUACUUCACCACGCUGGUCAGUGCAGGUUGGUGAAGUGGGUGGGGCCCAGGACCGGUGCAGAUAUCAUUCGUCACUGACGUUAGCCAUUGACAGGAAUCAAACUCAGAACGCCAGAUUCAUAGCCCAGUGAGCUAACAACUGCACCACCACUCCACGCCCAAUUUUUUUUUUAUCCAAUCACAUGGAAAUUCAAUUCAAGUGAUACAUUUAGGCUGAUGGAACACCUUGACACAGUGCAAAAAGAAUGUACAAGAAAACUGAUGCUGAUGAUUUAUCUAAAUGAGGGAUAAAUUAAUCUGGAAUCAAAUCCUGACAUUGCAUAAAAUGGUGAGGUUAGGAAAAUUGUUCCAUACAUAUUGUAACCUCGGAAAUAACCCUCUGAUAACAUUUGAUACCGUGCAAACUUCCUGAAGGGGUGAAGGCACGUCACUGUUUUGCUUUGAUCCACCCAGCGUUGAGAAGCCUGGCCGAUGAGCCGACGCGAGAGAGGAACGAGGAUCUGGCACUGGCCUCGCCCAAAUGCCUUCGACUGAAAGACGUCGACCUGUCACGAACCCAUUCGCCAAUCGCCACCGCAGGUCCAAGACUAGCGAGGAGUUGACGUUGGGACUGAAUGUUAACAAUCGUAGUUACGCAGAGAAGGCGACGGUUGUGGGUGAUAAGUUCGACAGUUUAUCAGCAAUGGCUGUGAAUAACGAGCCAUGGUUGUUUGUGUAGCAGAACAUGAUUUUGGUUCUGUAUAUACUGUACGUUGAACUUUUUUCGUACCGCACGUAGCCAACCGUGCUAAUAGGAGGUGCUGGGGAAGGACAACGAACUAAACACAACAACAAAAAACAAUUAUGUUAGCAACACGUGCUUAAUGACUGCAUUCGUGUUAGUUUAAAUUACCCUCGUUCCGUACUACUAGUCUUCUGAUUAAUUGGGCAUUUGUUCACAAUGCAAUCUCUAUUGUAAUUACAGCCUCGUUCUGGUUUACAUCCAUUAAAGCCAUUGGCAGUUGUAUUGUGAAUUUGCCGUUGUGGGGUGUAGGUGUACGUGAUCAAGUUACAUUCGAUAUGCUCGAGUUUGUGUAAGAUGCAACCGUGCUCUGACAUUUGGUGUUAAAUGUUUGAUACCCAAUCAAUGACUCGAGCCUUUUUGAUUUCGAAACGCUCCAUAGCUUACCGCGAAUAGGGCUGCCAAGCAUUCCAAGCUGAAACACGACGUGAGAAAUACCCCUGGCUAAACAUUGAACUCCGUUUGCGCGGUAAGCCGAUACUUAAUAUUAUUGAGCACAAAUCUUCACGCAGUUGGUGGCCUAGCUGCAUAAAUAACCCACCUUAUAUUUUAAUGAGAAAUUAAAGAAUCCAUUCCAGUGAAGGCGUCUUCUUCAAGCAGCCACAGAGUCACACGGGGACAUUAAAACGCUUGUUUUUGUGAAAAGUCGGGUGAGAUGGUUUUGUGUAAUUUACAGGCAAAUAGUGGCCGAUGCAUUAUUUUGUUCAAUAACAAAGUGUUGAUUCAUUGCGUAAAAUCGAUUUAACUAUCAAUGCAUGCAUAAAAUUGAGCACGAAUUUAUGAUUUCCCAUUUAUGCCAAUUGUUUUACAAAUAAUCAACAACACUGCUGUAAUGGUGCAAUUUAGGAUAACAGUAGAAACGAAACUAUUACACACAAGAUGUAAUUAAUUUGGGAAAAUACAAAGGAGAAGGUAACAUUUUUACACAUUUUAUUCUUAAAUAUCACCACGACACGACAGUUAAUGGCAUCGCUCGUGGGAGCUGAAGCUGAACUUAGAAAGUCGUUGAGGGCCAAACGAUCCGGACAAUUAUCAAGAUUCAUAUCCAUUCAAUAGAGCGACCUCUGGUGGCUGUGGAAAUCACAUGGACCCAUUACAUACAACGUGAUUGGAUGCACGAUUGGAAAAACUGAUUUGAGUAUGAAUCGAUACAUUGUUGCAGCUCCACUCGUGAUCAGCUCAUCGCCAAACUCGACUGCAAUGCACAGUGUGUUCCUGCAAACGCAGCUUAUGACUAAAUUUAGGGCAAAAAACUGUUGUGACUGUUACCAUUUUUUUUUAAUCUCUGAAAGGUAUUGUGUGAUUUUUAUUUGAGCAAGGGCCGCUGAGAACUAUGCGAGUUAAUUUGAAAGUGUCACCUGCGAUAAGAAAAGAAACCCCGUGUUUGUUUACUCCCUCUCUCUUUCCCUCUACUCCCUAUUUUUUUUAUUUAUUUCAUGCGUAAUGUUAUCGACCAUUCAAAAGGAAACGACAAUCUGAAUCUGCUGAUGUAGCGUGGCACCUAGCGGACGGGUGUGCCCACGACUCGCGCGGCGAGUAAGCUGUGAUCACAGCAAGCGGCGCGACUCUCUCCGCCUGAGUGAAGCCUCACCGAUGGCACGAACCGAUUUUCCUCGUUCAUAUUGGGGCUCGUUUUAAUUAUUUAACGAUGACAAAAAGUACCGCUUCUUUUGAGAAGUCCAUCGGGUCAUUUGGACAAUCCGCCUCCUACCAUGGGAAUGUGGAAUUUCGACCACCGACCGGCUCAGGGCCCCCAACAAAGAUGAGUGCCACCAACGCAGCUUCAGCGGGUCACAGGACUCGCGUUCAGUUGGCUCCGACCUUCGCUUAUUUUGACCAAUAAAAUUGCAUUCGCAUGUAAUUGUGCACGUGGGAGGACAACCCAGAGUGCCCGGAGAAACUCCACGCAUACGAGGAGCGAGACGGAUAGCUAGACACCCCUCUCUCCCCCCAAUAGAAAAUGCAUAUCUCAAACUCACAUGCUCUCUGAAUAGAGCUACGGGCAAUGCUUGCGGCAAACGACAGGAUGAGGCUUGUAGUAGUGUGGGCCUUUGUCGAUUAACUGCGAUCACCCUUUCGUGUACAAAGCACAAGGCAUAUGAACGUAUGGACUCGAGCCCACUUAAAGGGCCUUAGGAGCAAACACCACACUCUUUAACUGCCUUUCUGGGUCUUUGCUUAAAAAUAAUACCUUGCACAAUUUCUGCUGGUCAAAACUCGGCCAGCGGGGUAAGAUACAAUUAGAUUAUAUAUUAAAUAUGAUAAUAAUAAUGAAAAGUAUACGUAUAUUAAAAAAAAUAAUUAUAUAUUAUACACACACCGAGAGGUUGUGGACAAAUGGCCGGGAGAAAAUAUUUACAAGUUAGACGUAUUAACUGUACAGAUACAAAAAAAAUGAAGCACAGAUGAGUAGUUGAGCGUAGCGCGGGUUCAGCUUUGUGUGUGUGUGUUGCGGUGUCUCGCGUGCGCGCGUGCGCGUGCAUCAGCGCGCGUGCCCGUGUGUGCGUGUGCAGCAUGUCAACGAACACAGCCAACGGCUGGUCGUGUUGCGGGCUGCUGCGUCUAUGUUGUGUUGUUUUGUUUUUCUCUAUGGGAAUGUGGACGCUGGGCGAAUGGGGAUGAUGUCCGGGCAGUUCUGUAAUAUCGUUGUGAGAUGGUAAAAAGGCGACGUUGUGUUACUUUUGUCUUUUCGAUGUCGCUAGCCCUCCGAACGUGGGAUUCUUUACUGAGGUGGUGUCAAAACUAUGUUCUGUGUUGCAAAAGAAAAUCACGCAGGUGACCCAUCCGUUCAUUCACCUGUUUGGUUUCAUAGGGCUGUAGGGACGAGCGCUCUGUGAACGAGCGCCUAUUUAGGCUAGCACGGCACAAGUGAUGGGGUUUGUUUGGGCAUUCGGUGUGAAUAACUUUACAUCGAUUGAUGUAUGUCGAUGUUUAUGCUUGCGAUAGAUACCUACAUCGAAUCGCGUAUUACGUUUUUUCUUCUUCUUCUUCUUCUUCUUCCUCUUCUUCUUCUUCCUCCUCUUCUUCUUCUUCUGCUUCUUCUUCUUGUAGUUACUAAAUUCGCGUAAGCCCUGCAGCCCCAAGAGGUGCUAACCAUUCGAAGAUAAUAUAAUGGUAUCGCUACCCUGAGACGAGUAACCCACUGAAUCGUGCGGGAAGAAAUUGGUUAGAGCCCUAAUGGCCAACAGAAUAGCUUGAUUGACAGUGGGAUCCAAUAAAUAUUCGGAUGGCGAAUGAUAAUUGCCACCGGGCACGGUGGCCAUUCGGACGCAGGUCGCCAUACGCGCAGCGCAAUGCGCUCAAGCACUGCAAAGCACCCCCGCUUCACGCAACCACGAGCGCGCGCACAAGAACGCCGGCACGCGGACGCUUGCUGACCUCAACCUGGCACACCACAUUGCCUCGUUGUCAGCAUCCGCGAUGAGGGACAUGGCUCCAGGGUUCGAGCUGACCCGCCACUGAGCGUGGUGUGCUCAUCGUUGGCCCGGUCGUGUUGCAAGCACGGUGGUCCGCUCGUGCUGAGCGGACCACCGUGCAUCUCUGUCGGCCUCAAUGCUGUCAGACGUGCAAAAAAAAAAAAACAACCACGCAAUACACACAAAGGAAAUGUCACGUAAAUGCUAGGUAUGACAAAAAGAUAAAAAAAAAGUGUGAAAAGGUGUUCAAAACGAGACACGCAAAAAAAAAACAGAGAAACCGAAUUCCAAUUGUUAUCGUGAGGUGCGCUGUGUAUUAUGUGGUCUGUACAUUUCAAUGUUUGCUAGGACAUUCGCUUUGUGCAGAAUUCGCACGCAGUCUGAGCUGACAGUCGAUGGCUACCCUAGGUUGUUUUAUAUAUAUAAGAUGUGCGGCGAUCGAUCAUCCCUUGCAAGACUCCCCCCUCCCCAUGUAUGGAGUUCAAGCAGGGUGGGAGUAGGGGCCUUGUGAGCAAACAUGCACCCCCAAUGAAAUCUCCGGAACUCCCACUCAACCCCGAACACAAUACAAAUAAAUGUAAGCUAAGGAUAACGAUGCUCGUGAA